GUUUUUAUGAAUGAAUUUCAUUACACAUUAGGUUAUUGUGAAUGAGUUGUAAAAAACCAAUUGAUUCACACAAUUGUACUGAUUGUGAGAUAAUCGGUGGUAACGGUUAGGUCUUGGGAUCAGUUGACCGGUACUAAUGGCUGUCAUAUCGCGAGGGCUGUAUCUGUCGGUCACUUCUGGAGCGUUGGCGGCGACGGCCUCUGUGUUCGGCAAACUAGCGAUGAGUCCAUCCAUUUGUUGCCAUCUCUUCAACGCUUGGUAUCAAUUGAUUGGUGUCUUCAACGAUGGCAACAAUUGGUGCCACUCUUCGGACACAUCACUCAUGUUGCGCUCAUUCCAAGCGGUGAUGUUUGUGGCGAUGAUUAUCACAAACCUCUUAAUGUGGACUCAAUUCACGAAAGCACUCAAAGAGUACACCAAUUCAUUGCAUGUGAUUGUUGUCAACACUUCCACUAACUUUUUUCUCACUGUAAAUAACUUUUAA